CAAUGGACGGUUAGGAUUGCACCAUCCUUGGCAAUAGAGCUUAAUCAAAUCUCCUCUAUACUUCUCGCCGACAGCCUCCUCCUUUCGAUCCCACUCUCGAGAAGUUCGUCUGAGAGAAAUCAAAGGAGAAGUCGUCAACAGGCUCCAAUCUCCUCUCAAUGGCGGAUGAUGAAAUUGUUGACCCAAAGAAAUAUCUCGAGGACCGUUGCCAGCCAAAGUGUGUUAAAGCAUUGUUUGAGUAUCAGGCAUGUGUCAAAAGAGUUCAAGAUGAUGAAACUGGGCACAAGCACUGUACAGGCCAGUACUUCGAUUAUUGGUCAUGCAUUGACAAAUGCGUUGCGACAAAACUUUUCGAGAAAAUGCGCUGAUACAGUUGACUUCAUUUGGUGACUAAAGUUCCUGAGCGUUCUCCAAAUUCAUCAAUCUCCAAUAAAUAUGCUUCCUGGACUAUUGAUUGUUCCAAGGCCUGGCCUGAUUCCUUAUCAAAACAAUUUUGCUUGUUUGAAAUGAACUAUUUGUUGUUUUCCUUCCCCAUUGUAAACCUUCAAAGAAGCAGUUGCAAUACGUUAAUAUUGAACUAUCACUUGAUUUGGAUUGUUAAAA